AUGGAGGGUCAAAACGAGAACGAUGAACUCUACCCCAUCGCGGUACUCAUCGAUGAGUUGAAGCACGAUGAUGUUCUUCUCAGACUGAAUGCCAUUCGUCGUCUAUCCACGAUCGCGCUGGCCCUGGGCCCCGAGCGGACCCGGGAUGAGCUUAUCCCAUUCCUGGACGACUCCGUUGAGGACGAAGAUGAGGUUUUGACCGCGCUAAGCGAAGAGCUGGGUAACUUCACAGAGUAUGUUGGGGGACCAGAACACGCACACGUGCUUCUGUCACCGUUGGAGAACCUGGCUGCGAUCGAGGAGCCUCUGGUCCGGGAGAAGGCUGUGGAGUCGCUCAACAAGGUCUGUGAUCAGCUGUCAGAAGGUCAAGUCGAAGAGCAUUUUGUCCCUCUGGUUCUCCACCUCUCCAAGGCCGACUGGUUCACUUCCAAGGUCUCCGCAACAGGUCUGUACUGUUCACCAUACCGAAAAGCCGCGCCGGCGCUGCAGCAGAGCCUCCGACAGCACUUCGGAGCCCUCGUACAUGAUGAAACCCCGAUGGUGCGCCGUCAAGCCGCCAACAACCUGGCAAAGUUCGUCAAGGAGAUGCAUACUCCCGUGAUUAUCGAUGAAAUGAUACCCCUUUUCCAAUAUUUGGCCAGUGAUGAUCAGGAUAGCGUGCGCCUGUUGACUGUGGACAUCUUGAUCGCGAUCGCAGAGGAAAUCCCCAAAGAGCAGCAGCCCAGUCACGGUGUGCUGUUGACUUCGCUGCGCAACCUUUUUGAGGAUAAGAGCUGGAGGGUCCGCUAUAUGGUUGCUGAUAGAUACGAGAAGAUUGCCAAAGCCGUACACGAAGAGGUUGUUACACGCGAUAUGGUCCCCGCUUUUGUCAAGCUUCUGAAGGAUACCGAGGCUGAGGUCCGCACUGCGAUUGCGGGCCAGAUUCCGGGAUUCUGCAGCUUGAUCGACCGGGAUACGCUGCUUAACGAGAUCAUGACUAGUGUGGAAGAUCUGGUGUCUGAUCAGUCUCAGCAUGUCCGUGCUGCCCUUGGCACUCAGAUCAGCGGUCUGGCGCCCAUUCUUGGGAAGGAAGAGACUAUCGCCCAUUUGCUUCCGAUGUUCCUCCAAAUGCUCAAGGAUGACUUCCCCGACGUUCGUUUGCACAUCAUUUCCAAGCUCGAGCAAGUUAAUAAAGUCAUCGGCAUUGAGCUUCUCUCUCAAUCUUUGCUUCCUGCGAUUGUCCAGCUGGCCGAGGACAAGCAGUGGCGAGUGCGUCUCGCUAUCAUCGAAUACAUUCCCCUGCUUGCCAGCCAGCUAGGAGUCAAGUUCUUCGAUGAGCAAUUGAGUGACCUUUGUAUGGGAUGGCUAGGAGACACUGUCUUCUCGAUCCGAGAGGCUGCUACCCAGAAUCUGAAGAAACUCACCGAGGUAUUUGGGGUGGAAUGGUCGAAGGAGUCCAUUAUUCCCAAGGUGGUGGCUAUGGGACAGCAUCCCAACUACCUUUACCGCAUGACCACAUGCUUCGCUAUCUCCACACUCGCCCCCGUUGUCACUCUUGAUAUCAUCGAAACCUCCAUCCUUCCCAUUCUGGACCGACUUGUAGCAGACGAGAUCCCCAACAUCCGAUUCAAUGUUGCCAAGUCCUAUGCCGUUCUGAUUGAUACUCUGCGCCGCCUGCCGGAGGACAAGACUCUGGUCGAGGUGGAAAAGUCCGAGGAGACUAUUACUCCCUCGCCCAAGGCCCAAGACCUGAUCCAGCAAAAAGUUCUGCCCAGCCUGGAGAAGCUGCAGGAGGAUGACGAUGUUGAUGUUCGCUAUUUCGCUACCACUGCCAGUGGCGCUCAGGAGGAGUCCAUGCAAACUUCUCCUUAA